GGAGAGAGUGGUAUUCUAUAAAUAAACCCAAACCAUACUCGCAUCCUUUAACCUCUCUAAGUAUCAUCUCUCUCUCUCUCUCUCGAUCCCUAACUUCCUUGCAACCUGUUUUUCAAUCCUCCAAUUUCCCUCCAAAAUUUAUGGAAAAUUCCCUUACUUGCUCUACAAUUACCCUAAACCCACUAAAACCCUAAUCUGCUGGCUUUCUUUUAGUUACUUCCUCUAGGGUAUAUCAAAUUAAUCAUCCAUCUACUCACAAUUACUCUUGCUUUAUUUUCCUAUUUUUCUUUGACAAUUGUCUAAUUUAUUCGUGGGUUUUUCAUUUCUCUCUUGCCUAUUGCAAAAUUACCAUUCCUUCGUUGAAAUCGUUGCUUGGUUUUUAGAGUAGGGUUUUUUUUUUUUCGUUUCUGCUUGUUUCCUGAGAAAACUAGGGCAGAAAGAAAGAAAACAAGAUUCUCUUUUCUUAUGAUUCUUCCACGUCGUAUAAUCUAUGGUUAUCUUCAAGAAUCACUGGUGAAAUGGUGGUUGAUUUGAAAAAGCCUUGAUUUUUAUUGACAUGAGGGUUCAAAUAUGAGCAAUGGAGGUGAAGAAAAUACACCGGGAAGACCCAAAUCCGAUGAAUUUGGUCGUGCUGUUUCAAGAAUGGCAGUGGCUCAGAUAUGUGAGAGUGUGGGCUUUCAUGGGUUUAAGGAAUCUGCUUUGGAUUCUCUCAAUGAUAUCACAAUCCGAUAUCUCUGUGACCUAGGCAAGAUCGCAAGCUUCUAUGCCAAUUUAUCAGGUAGAACCCAAUGUAAUUUCUUUGAUAUAGUUAGAAGUUUUGAAGAUAUAGUAGGAGCUUCACAAGGGUUUUUAGGUGCGUCCAUUUCUGGUAAUUGUCUUGUUAAUUCUGGUACGAUUAAAGAAAUUAUUGACUUUGUUGGUUCUAAUGAUGAGAUUCCGUUUGCGCAACCGGUGCCAAGGUUUCCUGUUAUUAGGGUUAGAAAGUUAAUUCCUAGUUUUGAAAGUAUGAGUGAAACGCCACCUGGGAAGCAUAUUCCGGCAUGGUUGCCUGCUUUGCCUGAUCCUCACACGUAUUUGCAUACACCUAUGUGGAAUGAGAGGGCUGUGGAUCCCCGUGCAGAAAAGAUAGAGCAGGCUAGGCAGAGGAGAAAGGCAGAAAGGGCUUUGUUGAGUUUGCAGCAGAGGUUGUUGAGUAAUGGCUCAGCAGGGGCUUCAUCCUUGGGGGUCAGUAAUAAUGUGAAAGAAUUGGGGGUAGUUGAGAGUAAUCAAUUUCUUGCCACUCCGUUGGAGUCUGGGAAGAAGGAUGUCUCUCCAGUUGUGUUGCCAGAUAAGCUAAAAAACCAUGUUUCUGUGAUGGAGGCAUUUGCACCUGUCAUUGAAGCAGCAAAAGAAGGCGGGGUUUGUGAUGAUGUAGAUGUUGAGAGGAAGAGUCUUCCUGAAAAGAGGCAUGCUGUGGCUUUUAAGUUUAAGACUGGGAAGAAGUUGUUAGGAGAGUCUUUGGAUCUGAGUCUUUUGAAGAAGGGUGAGGGGAGAAUGGCGCAUUGGUUAGGGCGUGAUGAUGAGAGGGAUGACAAGAAGAGGAGAGCAGAGUAUAUACUUAGGCAGUCAAUGGAAAACCCACAAGAGCUUACACAGUUGUAAACUAUUUUCUUGUCUGACUGGCUCAUUCAGAAGUUGCUUUUAGUAGGGGCUAUUGGUUCUCUAAUUAUUUCAGGGGCAUAUUUAUUGUUCCUGCGUGGAUUUUAUGAGAUUAUGUUGUGAGUGUCCCGUGCGAUCCUACUAACAAUUUUUGAGAUGCAGCAGGAGAGGAAUUUGGAUAGAAUCACAUGGCGACAUGGUCAUCCCUUGCUUUUAUCCACAGUUAGACAACCCAGCUGGGAAAUAAAAGCUGAUUAGUGCUGCCAAGUGCUAUGUCACAUUAUUUGUGCUAUGAGAUGUCUGGAUUGAAGGGACAUCCCAUCAAUCCAGACCAUGCUCGUCAGUCUAAUGUUGUGCUGCGGAGAACAAUUUGUUUGACUUAUUGUCAAAUAACUCUGAUGGCAAGUUUAUUGCUAUUCACAACAAUGCGUGCAUCUGGGCCAAAUGAUAUUCUUUUUGUUAUAGAAUUAAGAAGUAAUUGCUUGUGUGUAUGUUGAAACAGUUACACUCUUCCAUUAUGUUCUAUUCGGAUUGCAGAGUGUCCUUAUAAGCAACGAAGUAGUCCUUCUAAGCAACGAAGUAGUUAUUUAGUGCCAAGGGCACUGGUGUUGAAAAGGGUUGAGCUGACAAGUAUUUAUUUGAAUUCAAUUCGCUGUAGAUUUGGUCA